ACCGAUUGCAUCUUGCUGAUCCGAGGCCGGAUGGAACUGGCCGACUCCAACUCAAUUUGGUGAUUGUCUCUAAACAAUAUUGUUUGUUGUGUUUCGCAGUUCAACGUUCGGCGCAAGAUAGAGCGGUGCGCGUUCGAGAAAUAAAAUUCGCACCAAUUUCGAAAAAUAAAAUAUAUAUAUAUUAGUGGACAGUGAUAUUUAAAGUGAAUGUUUUGACUAAAAGACAGUGUAAUUAUCGUGUAACAAAGGUGGCAAUGCUGGCAAGGCAAAGCGGUGAAGUACUCAGUUAGUAUACGUUAAAGACUGAGCUAAAUAAAAGAAAACAACAUGAAGAAAGAACCGGAGAUCCCACCGAUACGAACUGUGCAGGAUGCAUACAGCUCAAAGAUCGAAUUGGCUUACAAUGGAUCGCGAGAAGACUUGGACCCAUAUGUACCAGCGGAGCACAGACCUUCGGAAUCUAAUACAUCGAGCUUCGGUGCCCUGGCUCAUCUGUUGAAGGCGUCCCUGGGGUCUGGUGUGCUGGCUAUGCCGCUUGCCUUUAAGAACGCGGGCCUCCUCGUCGGACUCAUUGGCACACUUAUCAUUGGCUUCAUCUGCGGACAUGUCAUACACGUGCUUGUAAAAACCUCGCAACAGCUGUGCGUUGAAGUAAAGAAACCGUCUCUGGGAUAUGCUGACACUUGUGACCUGGUGUUCCAGAAUGGACCUAAACCUGUCAGAAAGUUUGCACCUUUCGCGAGGGAGCUUGCGGAUUGGGCGUUGGCAGUCACACAUCUAGGGGCGUGCUGUGUUUACACUGUAGUCGUUGCUGAAUCCUUUAAGCAGGUGUCAGACGUGUACGGAGGCCCUAACUGGUCGGUGACCGUCUACUGCGGCUUGACUCUAGUUGUUCUUAUACCUUUAACACAAAUAAGUACGCUAAAGUACUUAGUGCCUUUCUCCGCUUUGGCGAAUUUCGUUUGGUUGGGCUCUAUUUGCAUAUCAAUUUAUUACUGCCUGAGGGACCCUCCGAAGAUCAGUGAGAGAAAUUUAGCCACCUCGAUUACCGGAAUACCGAACUUUAUUAGUACGAGUCUGUUCGCAAUGGAGGGUAUUGGUGUGGUAAUGCCGGUGGAGAACGAGAUGUCGAAGCCACAGCACUUCCUCGGCUGUCCGGGCGUACUGAAUAUCGCCAUGUCGGCGGUGGCCGUGCUAUACGGCUUCGUCGGAUUUGCCGGGUACCUCAACUUCGGCGAGGAAGUACGAGGCAGUCUCACAUUAAAUUUGCCUCAAGAUGAGAUAUUGGCUCAAACUGCUAAAAUUUUAGUGGCGUGCGUAAUGUUGUUAUCGUUCGCGUUGGUCUACUACGUACCAGUGGACGUAGUGUGGCGAAGAGUACAGGAUAGAAUACCAGCUCGAGGACAUAGAUGGGGUAUGGCUGCUCUCAGGUUUAUUGGGACUGUACUUAUUGUUGGGGUUGCCAGUGCGAUCCCCAAAUUAGAACUCUUUAUGGAGUUAGUGGGUGCAGUCUGCUUGUCAGUGAUGGGUCUGCUCCUGCCCGCCAUCGUGGAGACCGUGUGGCUGUGGGGCCGGGACCUGGGACCUUGCAACUGGAUUCUUUGGAAGAACUGCCUCAUAGGAAUCUUCUCGAUUAUCGCCAUGGUAUCUGGCGUCGCCUACUCCAUUAUAUCCCUGUUGGAACAUCUGUGAUAUUUUUAUUUAUUUAAGUUAAUUUUAUUUUGAGAUUGAUAAAUAUUAAGCAAGGAUAUUAAUAAUUAAAAUAGCAUUAUAUUUUUACGCGGAAUUAAAAUAAAUCUAGCCCAUCUAAUAAAACUAUAUAUGUAAUAGUCGGAAAUAUUAUAGCUUCCCAACCCUGAUUUUUUCAAAUCCGUUCAAUAUUUUCGUCGCCUAUUCAAUGCAAACAAACGAACAGACAAACAAACGAUCAAAUUUCUUUUAUGUUAUUAGUAACGAUAUAGACGCAGGACGUCGUUAUUAAAGUCAUGAAUCGUUACUUUCCUAAUACUAAGGCGCCUGUUGCUUUUUAACUGCAAAUUUUUAAAUUGACAAAUCAUUUUAAUUUCAUCGAUCAAUAACCGAAUAUUCAUUAUACAAUUAAGUACUUUAUACAGAUUAGAUAUCAGUUCUAAUCCUUUACCACAUCACUAACCUUCUGCUUACAUGAUUAAGCCAAUCCCCAUUCUCUAAGAAUUGAGAUACCGUGUGGCUGUGGGGCCGGGACCUGGGACCUUGCAACUGGAUUCAAUAAUACAAAGCAUAAGCAUACAAAGCUUUUAAUCUGUCAUUGUAGGAUUUAUUUACCUUUGCACUUACUGUCUUAAAGCAUAAAAAUUGUGAUUAUAAAAUAUGCAUAAUAAUUAAUAAGUUGUAUACAGUGAUAGAAUUAUAAUAAAUAAUAUAACAUUGUAAAUAAAUGAUUAAUUUUAAAUUUGUUAUAUAUACUUACAUUUUAUGAAACUUAAAAUAUACGAAGUAAGUUUUGUCACCAACAUACAAUUUAGACGGGUGCUAACUUGAUCGUAAAGUUGUACUUAAGCCAGACACGAAAUAAACAGUGUGUAACAGAAAUAAAGGUCUUUUAUUGCGCAUUUAUUUGAA